UUUGACAGUUUGACAAAACGAAAAUAAUUUUACGACAUCAAUAUUAUUAAUACGCAGUUGUAUUUUUAAAUAAAUCAAAAUGAGUGUACGUGAGGAAGACAGGCAGAAAAAUAGCUGCCCAAGUCGUGGUUUAGGCAUCGCUGCUGCGGCCAUCGGGGUUGGAGUUGGAGCAGCUUUAUAUUAUUUCUUUAACAAACGCCAGGAAACACCAAAUUCUGAAGGCUCCACCAGCGAUUGGCAAUGUGAACAACCUCAGACCUUAUGA